AUGGCUGCCGCUGCUGCUCCGUCUGUGUCCCCGUCCCCGGUGCCGGCGCCGGCGCCGAAGGUCGAGUCGCCCAAGGCCGGCGACAGGAAGGUGGUGCCGGUGGAUGCGGUGGCGGUGGAGGUGGAGGUGGAGGUGGAGGUGGAGCUGAAGCUGGAGCUGGAGGAGAAGCACGUCUUGGCGGUGGACGACAGCUCCGUCGACCGCGCCGUCAUCGCCAAGAUCCUCCGCAGCUCCAAGUACAGAGUGACCACCGUGGAGUCGGCGACGCGGGCGCUGGAGCUGCUGGCGCUGGGUCUGCUCCCUGACGUGAACAUGAUCAUCACGGACUACUGGAUGCCCGGGAUGACCGGGUACGAGCUCCUCAAGCACGUCAAGGAGUCGUCGGAGCUGAGGGAGAUCCCCGUGGUGAUCAUGUCGUCGGAGAACGUGCCCAACCGCAUCACCCGCUGCCUGGAGGAGGGCGCCGAGGACUUCCUUCUUAAGCCCGUCCGCCCCUCCGACGUCUCCCGCCUCUGCAGCCGGAUCAGAUGA